AUGGAUGCAUUCAGAGCACCUGAAAAUGAGUCGCUGAUAUCCAGUUCCUCUGGUCCAGCCAGAUGGGAUCCCUUCCGUCGUCCCUUGGACUCCAUCCAGCCCUGGCACUUCAGGCUUCUGGCAGCAGUAAUGUUGGUGGUGACCUCCCUGUCGCUUGCUGAGAACCUGGCUGUAAUCCUGGUAACUUUUAAGUUCAAGCAAUUGAGACAACCUGUCAAUUAUGUUUUAGUCAAUUUGUCUGUGGCUGAUUUCCUGGUCUCACUGACUGGUGGCACCAUCAGCUUUUUAACGAAUCUAAAAGGUUACUUUUACAUGGGAUACUGGGCUUGUGUACUGGAAGGAUUUGCUGUCACAUUUUUUGGCAUUGUGGCUCUCUGGUCUCUCGCUCUGCUGGCUUUUGAGCGGUACAUUGUGAUCUGCCGCCCAUUGGGAAAUAUGCGCUUGAGGGGGAAGCACGCAGCCCUAGGUAUUGCCUUUGUGUGGACGUUUUCCUUCAUUUGGACCGUUCCACCAACAAUGGGUUGGAGUAGUUACACCACCAGUAAGAUUGGAACUACUUGUGAGCUUAACUGGUACUCAGGAGCUUAUACUGACCACACGUACAUUAUUGCAUUCUUCACCACCUGUUUUAUAGUGCCUUUAUCGGUGAUUUUGGUAUCCUAUGGAAAACUUAUGCGGAAGCUAAGAAAGGUAAGAAGCAGAACUUAUAAGUAA